AUGGCUGCACAGAUUAAUGAUGUCAUGGUGGACCCAAGACGAGUAAAAGUUUCGGUUGCGGGAAAGGACUCGAUAGCUUUUCCGCAGGAGCCGCAGCAGAGCCGCGUCACCGCCGCGCCCGCCCCGCCGUGGCCUCAGGAGCCAGAGCCUGAGCGCGGCGCGCUGCCCGGGCCCCGCCAUCAGCUGCAGCCUCACCAGCCUGCCGCCGAACCUCGUGCGGGCUGUGCCCGACCCACAAGGCGCGCCGAGCAGGCCGCGCUGGCGGAGCGCGAGCGCCAGGCCGCCGAGCGCCAGCGCCGCGUGCACGAACUGCAGCGCCGCAAGGACGCGCAGGUGGCGCGCGCGCGCGCCGAGGACGCCGCCAGCAAACGCGCGCAGCGCGAGGCCGAGGAGCAGCGCAGCCGGCAGGAGGCCGAGCGGCGCGCGCGCCACGAGCAGUACCUGCGCCGCAAGGCCCAGAGGGAGGCGCUCGCCCGCGAGCAGGAGCGCCAGCGCGCGCAGAAGGAAGCAGAAGAGAAAGAAGAGCAGGAAAAGCUUCGUAAAAUUCUGCUACAGCAGUGUAACAGAAAGAAAGCAGAACGUCUUCAGCAGCAGAGAAAAAAACAGCAGGCAAAACAAGAACUGGAAGCCAUUCUCUUGCAACAGCAGGAGGAGUACCAGAAGAUGCUGCAAGCUGCACGUGAGGCCCGAUACAAAGAGUUGAAAAAUAAGAAUCAGAGGAAUACUGGGAAACCACAUCCUGCUAUAAAUCUUGCAGAAUUUUAUCAAUUUGAUGGGUAUGUUAAUCCCAUCCCUUGGCAAACAUAG